UCAAUUGAAUCCUAUCUCAAUCUCUUCACUCACCCCCUAUUUAUUCAUUCUCACCUCCUCCUCAUCAUCAGCAUCUUUCAAAUGAAUUUUCAUUCUUCUCUCUGAUUUUGUUUUCCUUGUUUGGUGUUAAAAAAUGGGCAACGUCGGCUUUCUUUCUGCUCUGCUUCUGGUGGCAUUCCUCGUUGCUGAUGGUGUAGGUGGACAUGACCAUCAAGGCAUUGGUAUUUAUGAGCUCAGAAGCAGAGACAUCACAGUGCAGUUCACAAACUAUGGUGCAACUAUGCUCUCCCUUGUUCUUCCUGAUAAAAAUGGUAAAUUGGAUGAUGUCGUGCUCGGAUUCGAUUCGCUCAAGAGCUACAAGAAUGAUACUACCUACUUUGGAGCUGUAGUUGGACGCGUUGCCAACAGAAUUGGAGGGGCUCAGUUCACUCUGAAUGGGAUUCUGUACAAAUUGGUAGCCAAUGAUGGCAAUAACACUCUUCAUGGUGGCAGCAAAGGGUUCUCCGAUGUUAUCUGGAGUGUGCAUAGUUAUGACACUGAGAGUCAUGUUACAUUUACUUAUGACAGCUUUAAUGGAGAAGAAGGCUUUCCCGGUGAUCUGUCUGUAUACGUCACCUAUAUGCUCAUUGGGACCAACAAGUUAGGAGUCAAACUGGAGGCCAAGGCACUCGACAAGUCGACUCCCGUGAAUCUCGCCCUUCACACCUACUGGAACCUCGCAGGCCAAAACAGUGGCAACAUCCUCUCUCACGAGAUCCAGCUUUUCGGGUCGAAAGUCACUCCAGUCAACGAUGCUCUUAUUCCCACCGGUGAAAUCCGCGACAUCCGAGGAUCACCAUACGACUUCCUAGAACCUCGCACGAUCGGGAGCCGGAUCAACGAGCUUCCCUAUGGAUAUGACAUUAACUACGUCCUAGAUGGCACCAGAACCGAGCACUUGAAGAAGGUUGCUGUGGUGCAAGAAAACCACUCGGGAAGGAAGAUGGAGCUGUGGAGCAAUCAGCCUGGAGUGCAGUUUUACACAAGCAAUAUGCUUGAUCAUGUGGUAGGGAAAGGCGGAUUUGUUUACAUGAAAUACGCCGGUCUUUGCUUGGAGACUCAGGGGUUCCCAGAUGCGGUGAAUCACCCGAAUUUCCCCUCGCAGAUAGUGAAUCCCGGACAGCAUUAUGAGAAUGUCAUGGUCUUUAGGUUCACAGCUGAUUAAAAUCUAACUGCUUGGUUAGAAGUUUUUUGAGGCAUUGUACUCACUUCAAGACCAGUAAACUUUUUCACCAUUUCCCUUGUUGAUGUUACCGACCUCUCGCAGGCUGUAUA